CACAAGAAAUACAAACCAACUUUGAGUUAACGAUGGACUGCUACCUAGUAUUUUUGCUGAUACUUCCCUUUGUGUGGGCAUCAAUUCGUGUGCUGAACUUCAAACUAGCAAGCCAGACUCUCCCCCCAGGCCCCAAACCUUUUCCAAUCAUUGGAAACAUCCUGCAACUUAGCAACUUACCUCACCAAGCACUUGCAAAGCUCUCCAAAACUUAUGGACCCUUAAUGACUCUCAAGCUUGGGAGCAUAACAACAAUAGUCAUUUCCUCUCCAAACUUAGCUAAAGAAGCACUUCAAAGACAUGACCAAGCUUUCUCUAGCCGAAGCAUCCCGGAUAUGGCACAUGUAUUUGACCACCAUAAAUUUUCAAUGGCGUGGUUGCCCACAAAUUCGAAAUGGAAGAACCUUAGGAAAGCUUGUGCUACCCAAAUAUUUGCUACACAACGUCUUGAUGCCACACAAGCCCUUCGACAAACAAAGGUACAAGAACUACUUAACCAUGUUAAUAAAAGUUGCAAAAGUGGUGCACCCAUUGAUAUUGGUCGAUUAGUGUUCACAACAGUUCUUAAUUCAAUAUCAAACACUUUUUUCUCUAUGGACUUAGCCCAAUAUGACUCCAGUUUGUCCCAAGAGUUCCGGGACCUUGUGUGUGGUUUAGCCGAUGAAGCUGGGAGGCCAAAUAUUGCUGAUUAUUUCCCAGCACUUCGUUUGAUUGACCCCCAAGGUGUACGAAAAAGGACAAGCAUUUAUUUCACAAAAUUAUUUGGGAUAUUUGAUGGUAUCUUCAAUCAACGACUUCAAUUAAGAGCUUCAUCAGAGGGUUUUAAAGCAAAUAACGAUGUACUAGAUUCAUUCCUCAGUCUUAUUGAAGAAGGUAAUUCAGAGAUAAGCCUCAUCGAUAUCAAACAUUUACUUCUGGACUUAUUUCUUGCAGGUAUCGACACAACAUCAAGCACAGUAGAAUGGGCAAUGGCAGUGUUAUUACACAACCCGAUAAAAAUGGCAAAAGCCCGAGAUGAGCUUGAUGAAGUCCUAGGCAAGGGUGGGCAUGUUCAAGAAUCAGACAUCUCAAAGUUCCAUUAUCUUCAAGCUAUAGUGAAAGAAACUUUUCGAUUGCACCCUCUAGUGCCUUUUCUAAUUCCCCAUAAGGCUGAAACAAACAUAGAAAUAUGUGGCUUCAUCGUGCCCAAAAAUGCACAAAUACUAAUAAAUGUGUGGGCAAUGGGACGAGACUCAAGCAUAUGGCAAAACCCCAAUUUAUUUAUGCCCGAAAGGUUUUUAGAGCAAGACAUUGACUUUAAAGGCAGAGAUUUUGAGCUAAUUCCCUUUGGAGCUGGAAGAAGAAUAUGUCCUGGAUUGCCAUUAGCUAACAGAAUGGUGCACUUGAUGUUAGCAUCUCUUGUUUACUACUCUGCUUGGAAGCUCCCAGAUGAGAUGAGGCCAGAACACAUGGACAUGGGUGAGACAUUUGGGCUAACCUUACACAGAGAAGUGCCCCUCCGAGCUAUUCCCAUCAAAUCCUUGUAACUUUCAUUGUUUGUUCUUAGCCCAAUAUUGAUGUGACUCUAUUUGUGUUUAAUAUAAAAUGUCUUCAAUAUUAGGAUUUUCCAUAAGCAUAAUAGAGGAAGACAAUUAUAUACCAUACAUCAUUAUUUUGUAGUUCUAUAAUGAGUUCUAGUUACCACAAUUAGUAAAGUACUUUAUUGUCAAAUAAGGUUCGAAUUCCACCUACAG